ACACUGUGAACCAUGCCCUCUUGAUUUGUAAUAGGCCGCUAGAGAAUCUCCAUCAUUGUUUCUUGUUUUCUCACAAACCCUACCAGCUUUGCUUUUGCUCUCUGAACUAAACCAUGGCUAUUUGGAUCAAAUACAGUUCUUGUGUAAACUUUAAACCACAAGAAAAUCAUCAAGAAUCACAACGACACAUGAUCAUUGGCCAGCCCCUGCACGAGGAAGAUUCGAUGUUGCGUGUUUUAUUCUCGCUGUAUAAGUUUUACUUCCUUGGUAACUUAACUGGUGGAUCGAUGUUCACAACAAGACCGGUGAAAAUCAACAGCAAAGAGACUUGCAUCCCUAUCACCAGUUCAUUGGUUGAUGAUCAUGAUCAAGAAUUUAAAGAGAUCUUGACAGUGAUGGGAGUCCCUGGAAGGAAGCAAUCGAAGAUACUAAGAAAGAUGGCAUCGCUUGCCCGUAGCAAGGGUACUUUUAGUGGCGUCUUCAUGGAGGUUGAAUUAUUGGUGGGGACCUAUCAGGAAAUUACAGAAGCUGAUAUUGCUAGAGCUGAGAGGGGGUCAAUGGAUAUUGAAGCUGGACAAAUCCCGGCCACCAAGUCCUCUAUUGAUGCAUUGGAAAGAGUGGUUUUCGACGGUUCAUCGUCAACGAGAGACUGUACUGUUUGUAUGGAAGGAAUUGAAGCAGGGAGUGAAGCAACUCGGAUGCCGUGCUCGCAUGUUUAUCAUUCAGAUUGCAUUGUUCAGUGGUUGCGGACUAGUUACUCGUGUCCUCUUUGCCGCUAUCAUAUGCCCGGUGAGUUAUGAUCUUCAUCAACACCAGCUAGCUUUCCUUUAUGCGUUUUUGUUUUUAGGUAACUUUAAAGGUUAUGAAGUAUCACGGUUGGAAUUUCGAUUACAGAACAAUGGAACUAGCUAGGUGCAAUACCAAAGCAGGUUCUCCAUUUACUUGAUGAACAUAUCAUUCACAUCAAUUUAAUUUCCAAUUUGA